AGAGAUGAGUUCAGUGCUAGAGAUUUCCAUUGGCCUUCAAGUUUAAAAUUGAUGAUAGACAAUAAACAAUGUUUGAGUGCCUUAACACCCAUGAACAAAAUAGAACGACUGGCUCAACCAUGCCGAGUUAAAGCUAAUUCACCUCUUACUUCUGAGUUCGACUAUUUUCUAGAUGAACUUCUACAAAUGACUGCCUCAGAUUUCAGUAAAUGCUUAACCCUGGAGAAUCACUGUGGUUCACGAGCUCCAGUCCCACGCCCUGCUUCAAGCAACACUCCUCGCGUCAAUUUUAGCAACCACCAAUUAACUGAACUGGAAAAAGAAUUUCAUUUCACACAUUAUCUUACGCGAACUCGCCGAUCUGAGAUUGCUGGUGAGUUGGGAAUUUCGGAAACCCAAGUGAAAAUAUGGUUCCAAAACAGACGGAUGAAGUUAAAGAAGCUAUAUAAACUUCUAAAAGAAAAAGCGCAAGUUUGA